UUUGAUUUGGAAAGAAAGUCAUGUAUAUUUCCAGAAAUACCCUCAACGUAAAACUACAAAUCUGAAUAUCUGAUCCCCUUUUUUGUUUCUGGGUUCGAAGAUAAUCUCUCCGCCGGCGCACUGCCAAGUGCCAAUCCCUGUUCCCCUUCUUCACUCGUUCCCACGUUCUGAUUUCCUUUGGCUGCUUCCAUUGUUUUCCUUGCCUUCGCGCUUCAGCUUCUGCCUAUGCUUUCUCGCGGAAUCGCACAUUCAUCUUGACAUCUCAUUGCAAAGCCCGCAGCUUUUUCUCUCUUUCUCGCCUAUAGUACUACGUACCUUGAUGGAUUGAAUGAUGGGUUCUUCAUUUCUUCACUUCUCAUGGAGCUUGGUAUCGUUUGUGCAAUGAAUUGCGGAAUUCCCAUUUUGCUUUUAGUGUCACUAUUGAGUAUUUAGGGUUUACAUUUGCUAGUGCAGCUGGCCGCCAUUGGUAAAUAUUUGAUUCUUUGAGGUUGGGUUUCAUGUGUUGAUUGUGCGUAGUAUCUCUCUGCUACACAAUGAAGCAGCCCUGCAAAUCAGGUGCUUAUAGCAUUAGCAACCUUCCUGUAGAAGUGAUAGAGCUUAUUCUGAACUUCUUACCCAUCAAAGACGCAGCCAGAACAAGUGUUUUGUCAAGGGACUGGAGGCACCAUUGGAGGAGUAUUCCUCGGCUUGUGUUUGAUGGUGAUUUUGCUUCUCUCCGGUCACGUAAAUCUUGGUCUCGGUCCAAUUUGAGGCAGCUUAUGACGAGCAUCUACCAAGCUCUUCAGGUUCAUGAUGGGCCAAUAACCGAGUUUGUGCUUGCAAUUCCAAGGUUAACCACCUAUGCUAAGAUUGAUCAUAUACUUCGUUACCUGUCCAGCAAAGGUGUCUUGAAACUUGAACUUCAUUUUGACGAUGUGGAACUAUUUGAGCUCGAGAUCCGUUCUUCCUUGUUCUCUGCCGUUCAGCUUACCUCUCUGAAGCUUGAUGGCUGUAAUUUGAAACCACCAUCAUGGUUCGAGGGAUUUAGUAAGCUAACCGUACUUGAACUGAAGAUGGCAGCUGUGCUCCCUGAGUUCUUUGAGAGCUUCCUUCCAAAAUGCCCUCUGCUGGAAGAAUUAAAGAUUUUGAAUUGUCUGAACACUGAGGAGAUCGAACUUGUUGCUCCAUGUCUCAAAACAUUUCUCUUCUUUGGAUAUAUUGGAAGUCUUCACUUCAAGCGUACACCACUUCUUUCAGUGGUUUCAAUUCUUGUUGAUGAUGAAGCUGAUGAGAAUGACAUGGAAGUGGUAUUUGCUAAUCUCCCAGCACUGCAGCAGUUGUAUGUUAGCUUUGAAUUUCUGGAAGAACUUUGUAUUGGAGGGCCUGUUCCCAGAAGACUUCCCACUCUUCUUCAUUGUUUGGAAGAUCUCGCAGUGCGUUCGUGUGCAUUUAUCGACUACUACCAUGGAUCGUUUGGGGAUAGUGUUCUCUUUUGUCUCAUCAGGAGUUCUCCCAAUUUGAAAACACUCACAAUGCAGAUGGAAUCCGCAGGCAAGCUACCAGCUCUUCCGAGGAGAAAUAUGCCAGAAUCUCAAUCCUUGGAAUCAGCAGGCAAGCUACCAGUUGUGGGUUGUAUUCAGUGUCUUGCCGAGGUGAAGAUUCUUGGCAGUUAUGGCUCUCAAUUUGAGCUGGACGUGGUGAAGUUUGUGUCAGCCAACGCCCCACAACUCCACAGGAUUCUCAUUACGUCUGCAUAUAAGCAAGGUCUCGAAAAAGGUCUGAAGUUCUUAGAGAGGGUAAGACGAUGUAAACGUAUUUCAAAGAAUGCGGAGAUCAUACAACAGAUAUGAUGCUCUAGAUCUUUGUUCUAGCUUGGUUACGCUCGUGGUCGCCGAUGAUUUAACUUUUGAAGCCGGAAGGAAAUAGAUUAAGCGAGAGGUAUUGACUAAACUUGUGGCUAAAGUUAGGCUCAUGUAUCGGUAUUAUUAUUUAGCUCAACAUGAGGUUAACUUCUUAAGCUAGAUACAUGGAUAUGAAAUUCUGCUGAGUUAUCUAGAUUGCAUGCUUAUGAACAGGAAUCUCCGCAAUGGAAAUAUCGAUGAUGAGUGUGUAUUGCGUAGUACUAGACAUUGGAGGUUUCAUUGAUGAACAUUCGUGGUUUAGAGUAUUGAACAUUAGCAGAAUUUAGUAAUCUUUAAUGAUUAUGCUUUUCUAAAACCAAAUUCUGUUAUUCAGCAUCCUGGAAACCUGAACUGGCCCUUGCCCUCUCCUUGGAUGGUUUUGCCAAGAGAUCAUCUAUUCAAAAUGGACAUAAGUAAAUGAUUGUAAAUCAA